AUGAAUCAAGAAAUAAGACACAGCUGGAAAUGUCCUAAAUGUCAUAGUAAGCAACCAAAAACUGAUAACACGAACUCACCGUUGCGCCAACCACUUCAAUCCACUCAGCCGGGCCGCAGUAACGUCAGCGUACUUGAUGAAACAUCAUGUGAAGCCAGCAACGUUACCAUCAGAGCUCGCCAGCAAUCACAGGCUGUUCCAGUUGAUCACCGUUAUGUGACGGAAGAUUCACUGCGGCGAAUACUUAGUGAGGAAUUGUCAUGCAUGAUGAAAAUGCGCGCAUAA